AAAGCUAACAAUUCUUUAUAGGCUGAAAAGAAGGGAACCAGCAAUAUGAUUAUCGGUAUGAUCUUUGGAUGUUUUGCUUUGUUCGAGUUGCUGGCAUGCUUGGUAUUUGGAAACUAUCUUGUACAUAUUGGAGCAAAAUUUAUGUUUGUAGCAGGAAUGUUUGUCUCAGGAGGAGUUACAAUUCUCUUUGGUGUAUUGGACCGAGUUCCAGAUGGACCAGUAUUUAUUGCUAUGUGUUUUCUAGUGAGAGUAAUGGAUGCAGUUAGCUUUGCUGCAGCAGUGACUGCAUCUUCUUCUAUCCUGGCAAAGGCUUUUCCAAAUAACGUGGCUACAGUAUUGGGAAGUCUUGAGACGUUUUCUGGACUGGGGCUAAUACUAGGUCCUCCUGUAGGUGGCUUUUUAUAUCAGUCCUUUGGCUAUGAAGUGCCCUUUAUUGUUCUGGGAUGCAUCGUUUUGCUGAUGGUACCACUGAAUAUGUAUAUUUUACCCAAUUACGAGUCUGAUCCAGGUGAACACUCAUUCUGGAAACUGAUUGCUUUACCCAAAGUUGGCCUUAUAGCCUUCGUCAUCAACUCACUCAGCUCAUGUUUUGGCUUCCUUGAUCCUACUCUGUCUCUCUUUGUUUUGGAGAAGUUUAAUUUACCAGCUGGAUAUGUGGGACUAGUAUUCCUGGGUCUGGCACUGUCCUAUGCCAUCUCUUCACCACUAUUUGGUCUCCUAAGUGAUAAAAUGCCACCUCUAAGGAAAUGGCUUCUGGUGUUUGGCAACUUAAUCACGGCUGGGUGCUACAUACUCUUAGGGCCUGUCCCAGUCUUGCAUAUUAAAAGUCAGCUUUGGCUGCUGGUGCUGAUACUAGUUGUAAAUGGCAUCUCUGCCGGAAUGAGUAUAAUUCCAACUUUCCCGGAAAUUCUCAGUUGUGCACAUAGUGCUUUUUUAGGACCAACGCUAGGUGGAUUUCUGUAUGAGAAAAUUGGUUUUGAAUGGGCAGCAGCUAUACAAGGUCUAUGGGCUCUGAUAAGUGGAUUAGCCAUGGGCUUGUUUUAUCUACUGGAGUAUUCAAGGAGAAGAAGGUCUAAAUCUCAAAACAUCCUCAGCACGGAGGAGGAACGAACUACUCUCUUGCCUAAUGAAACCUAGUCUGAUGGAUCCUGGAUUGAUACAAAGUUGAGAAAUGAAUGCUUCUGGCCUUAAACAUCACUGUAGGAAGGGUUUCUAAAAUUUUACGCACAAAACUCCGUGGACCCCAUGCCAGUGUCUUGGAAGUGUCAACGUGCUUUUGGAUGAUCUUGUAUUGGGUUGUACUUACUGUGAUACUGAAAAGCAGUCCUGCUGAAUUAGCUAUAUUUGAAAUAUUAAGUAUGAAAGGGGUAAUUAAAAACAAGCAAAACAAAACAAAACAAAACAAAACUUAGUUUUUAAGUGACCAAACUUGUCCUUGAAGAUGUUGUUAUUAACUUGAGUUAGUUCUCAUUUCCUCUGUUUAUUUUUUAUUCUGAGUACACUAAUUCUGUGAAUGUACUUUUUUAUGAACAGGGAAAUAAAUGAACUAAUUUGAUAUGCUCUAAAUGUAUACAGGUGCUUCAAAAUAUAUAGAAACAUUACUAUGAAAUCAGUUUUUAAAAGAUAUACUUUCUCUUUGUCCUGAGGUUUUUCGGUCUUGUUCAAAAGGAAGAAUUCUUGCCUGCCAUACAGAAACUCUUAGCACUCCCUGGCUUUAAACGUUUCUAAAAAGUCUGUUUGUGUGAAAAGUACAAGAAUAACCAUACUUACAACUUCCAUUUUUGUAACUUACGUUCACUUAAGAUCUGGAUUUAUAAACAUUACUUGGUAUAACGUUGUUCAUUUCCUUUAAUGUCUCUGUUUUUUGGUUCUGCCAUCUGUUUUGUUUUUGUUUUUAUCCAUAUUCUUGGUAGAUGUAUUUCAUCCCUAGAGCAGGUCAGCCUCCUUCCCCUAAUGCAAAUGCUUGUUUUGUUAGGGAAGGGCUUCCUCUAACUUCGUGAGAAAUCCACGAUGUUGUUAAAGUGAAUAAAUGUAUUGUGUAACUCUCA